AGAGAGAAAAAAGAAAAACGAGAGAAAGUCAUUUUAUGUUGCUGAUGACAAAGCCUGCUAAAAAAGCGCAGAAACCAAUUCUUCUCUUCUUUUUUGUAAGAAAUCCUCAGCUUCUUUACACAGAGAGUGAGACGCUUUUCUAGGGUUUUCUGCUAUACCCAAAAGAUUGAGGCUCUGUAAAUUUUAGCUUAUACAAAAGCCAAUUCAGACUUAAAGAAGAGACACACACAAAAGUUUGAUUUCUCGAUGCCCUAGGGUCUCACUUAUCUGAAACUGUCUUUUACUUCUUCAACAAUGUCAUCUUCUGUUUCUGUUCGUGUGGAGAAAGCCACUAGCGAUCUCUUGAUCGGGCCUGACUGGACCAUGAAUCUUGAGAUAUGUGACUCCAUCAAUUCUGACCAAUGGCAUGCAAAAGAUGUUGUCAAAGCAGUUAAGAAGCGUCUUCAAAAUAAAAAUCCAAAAGUUCAACUGCUUGCCUUAACGCUUCUGGAGACAUUGAUAAAAAAUUGUGGUCAAUUUGUGCAUCUUCAAGUUGUUGAGAGAAAUAUUCUGCAAGAAAUGGUGAAAAUUGUGAAGAAAAAGACAGAUAUGGAGGUGAGAGAUAAGAUUUUGGUGCUAUUAGAUUCGUGGCAAGAAGCAUUUGGGGGUCCAGGAGGAAAGUAUCCCCAAUAUUUUUUGGCUUAUGAUGAAUUACGGAGAUCUGGGGUAGAGUUCCCUCAACGUUCAGGAAAUACAGUUCCAGUCUUCACUCCUCCAGUUACACAUCCUAUAGCUAGACAUCCUCAAACAGGUUAUGGAAUGCCUCCUGAUGCUUCUAGGAGGCUGGAUGAGGCAAUGGCAUCUGAAAUGCAAGUCUUAUGUUUCAGUUUAUCAAAUAUGGAUGCUAUCCGGAGUGUAAUGGAACUUUUGGCUGACAUGCUGCAAGCUGUGAAUCCAAAUGAUCGUAAUGCUGUUAAAGAUGAAGUGAUUGUAGAUCUUGUUAGCCAAUGUCGCUCCAACAAAGGAAGGCUGAUGCAAUUGCUAAAUUCAACUUUGGAUGAGGAGCUUCUUGGACGGGGCCUUGCAUUGAAUGAUAACCUACAAAGUCUACUUGCCAAGCAUGAUGCCAUUGCAUCUGGUUCUCCCCUACCAUCAGAGCCUGUUGCUUCAAGUUCCACAAGAAUUUCUACUCCUGCACCCCUUGCAACUGCUCGUGGUGAAAAGGAUGAUGAAGAUGAAGAUGAUGAGGAUGAUGACUUUGCUCAACUUGCUCGCAGGCCUUCAAAAGCCUGGCCAGUACCUUCUCAUGGCUUAUCUGGUGAAACCAGUAACAAGUUUGAUUCAGCCCAGUUGAAUGACCCAUCAGUGACAACCUCAAAUACAACCAAUGCUGCAGCUACAUCUACAUCUACAACUACCAACACAAACUCCAUAUUUAGCGGUCCAUUAGCUUUACCGGAGCCCCCACAACCAGUAAGAACGACCACAAAAGCGCUGGACAUGAUCGACCUCUUGAGCAACACUCUAGCCACCAGUUCUUCACCUCACACCCCUCUCACUCCUCACAUCCCUCUCACUCCACCGCAUGUCGGUCCCACUUCACCUUCUUUCACUACAAACCAACCUCACACCCCUAUGGGCCCUAUGUCACCUUCUCUCACCACAAAGCAACGUCAUACCCAUGCAGGCCCUAUGUCACGUUCUCUCUCUACAAACCAACCUCAAACCCCUCGCACCCCCACAGGCCCUACAUCACCUUCUCUCACCACAAACCAACCUCACACCCCUUUCUCUCCUCCUACCCCGUCAGGACCUGCAUCAUCGUCUUCCACCUCACACCGACCUCCAUACACUAACCAUGCAGACCCAUCUUCUCACCAAUCCUCCAUCACCCCAAAUGCUCAAGGUUACCCCUACAAUCCUACUCCAUACCUCAAUCAUCAAGGGCAAGUUCAAGUCCCAUACAACACUUACGUUGCACCUUGGGCUCAACAACCUAGAUUCACCCAGUCUCCAAUACAGAACCCAUCUAGUGUUUAUCCUCCUCCACCUUGGGCUACUGCAAAUUUGGGUUCUGGGGCUCCUAUACAACAAAACCCUUAUCAAUUCCCGGUCUCUCAAUCGAAUCCCACUACUACUUACUCCCCUCAAAAGGCAUCGCCAACUUCUCUUCAGCAGAAUUACUCUUUUGGAUCGAGGGUCAACAAUGCAACCCCAUCUUUGGGGGGUGAAGCAAGCAAUGUACAAAGGCAAGCACCUCAGAGAUCGUUCAUUUCGGCUGAUCACUAUUUUGAGGGCCUCAUUGACUUGAAAGGCGCAAAGGGAAGUAGCACCUCACCAAAAAUGAACAGGGAAGGUACAUUAGGUGGAAGAAAGUGAACUUUUGUAUUAAUUGUGUUGCAUAUUUGAGGGAAUUUGGAAUUCAUUUGAUGGUAUGUAUAUGUGAUGGUUGCCAUUGCAAGUAUGUUGUUUGUUGCAUUAAUGUUUCUAUACUAUGUGUCUGUGUUUUUAGUUUU